AUGCCAUCAGUCUCCCUGACAGAUGCAGGGUGUAAUAUUAUAAACUACACAAUAAAUGGGAUAAAUGUGGUCGUAACUGCCAUGCUGGGUGUCAUCAUGAUUGCUCGCUUGCAUGCCAUGUAUCAGAGAUCUAGGAGGAUGCUUAUCUUCCUUGUUGUCAUCUUUCUGGCUGUUAACAUCGCCUGCGGAGUACUCGCGGCAAUGGCACUCAAGGAUGUUGUAGGAGCGGACCAUGGGCCGAAGGGAGAUAUAUCCUCGACUGUGACGGAUGGGCCGGGAGUGUUAUUAUUCCCGAUGGAGACAGGUUGGCCCAGGUGGGGAAUAUGUAAAGUAGAUGGGUGGGCCGAUGGACAUGAAUUUUCAAUAGACGGAUUGGCCGAGGUAGUUGGAUAUUAUGUAGAUGGGUGUACCAAGACGGGUGGGCCGACGUAUUGGUAUUAUUUUGUAGACGAGUGGGCCAAGGGAGCGGUGAAAGAUUUAUUAUAUACAGUAUGGCACGGAGCCUUGCAAAGGGAUGAAGUGGAAACUCGAGCGAAGUGUACCGAGUUCCGAGACCCGGGUCUCGACAAACGAAUAUGUGAUGUCCAGCACACUUCCGAUCAUCUGGUAUUUCAUUGA